AUGCCUCGUUGCACAAGAAAAGGUUGCAAUAAAGAGUUUACUCAAGAUGGCAAUGAAGCGUGCAUAUUCCAUCCAGGUGCCCCAGUAUUCCAUGAAGGACUCAAGUCGUGGUCCUGCUGCUCUGAUGUCAACAAACCGGUGCUAGAGUUCGAUGAAUUCAUGAAGAUUCCUGGAUGUAUGAAAACUGAACGCCACACGAACGAUGCGCCAAAAGUUGAACCCUCAAAGGCGCCCACCAACCCCAACAAUCUUACUGUAUCUGUUUCCGAGGAUGGCAAGGAAGUGUACACCUCGGACGCGGCACCUACUAAUACCUCACCUCAUUUGGAAUCGAAGCCGCCAACUUCUCAAGCUCUUGCUUCCAUGCAAACGCCUCUGCCAGUCAUUGAGGAAGAGGAUGAUCUCUCCAUACCAGUCCCAGUCGGAACCAAGUGUUUAAGGAAAGGAUGUGGCAAACUCUUCGUAAGCGAUGAAUUUAACAGACAUGGCAAUGGAGAGGGAACCGUCUGCAUAUAUCACCCCUCACCGCCGAUAUUUAGGGAAGGCAGCAAGGGCUAUCUCUGCUGCAAACGUCGCGUCCUCGAGUUUGAAGAGUUUCUCAAAAUUGAGGGGUGCAAAACAGGUCGCCACCUUUUUGCCGUUAAAGCAGCCCCCGGACCAACCCUAACGGAGUGUCGUAUCGAGCAUUAUCAGACAGUAGACAAGGUGCAUGUCUCCAUCUACGCCAAGAAAGCCGAUAAAGACAAGACCACCAUAAUCUUUGGAAGCGACAAAGUAUAUCUAGUGAUCCUUGACAUCCUGUUCCAAGAUACCAAGAGAUUCACCCGUACCCUCGAUCUCGUGGGUCCGAUAAACGCUGACACAUCGACGUUCCAAAUCAUGGGAACCAAGGUUGAGCUCCACCUCCAGAAGGAGGAUGUGAGAAGUUGGCCAGUCCUAGAGAAAAGUGAACUAGUAAGAAUCGGCAAUUACGCCGUUACUUUCGGGGUUGGUGGUCGAACUGGAACUAUUGGUGGCAAAGAAAUCAUUCUGGAUGCAUCGAAUCAAGUGAGAACAGGGUGA